AUGGAUGAAGAUAUAAAAAAGAAAGAUAAGAGAUCAAUUACAUCUGCUCUAAAUCUACAAAAAGCACGUGAUGCUAAAAAAAAUCAAUAUGUCUACUAUGAUGAUGAUUCUGAUUCUGAUGAUGUUAUUGAUAAUACUCCUAAAAAGAAAAGAACAAAUAAUACAAAAAAGAAAAGAAUAGUAAUAGAUAAUAACAAAAAAGAUUUUGAACAAAUAAAUAAAAAAAUGGAAUCACUGAUCGAGAUGUUUGCUUUACAAAAAGGUAACACGAAAAUCAUUGAAGAACCAUUAGUAGAAAAAGAGAUAAAACAACCAAAUGAUAAAGUAUUGAUUAAAAAGUUGAUUAAAGAAGCAUUGUUAGAACAACAACAACAACAACAGCAGCAGCAACAACAACAGAGUAGACCUCAGAAUGAUGUAGCAAUAAUCAAAUCAAUACAAGAUUCAAACUUUAGAGAAUCUCUUUUAAAGAAUCAACAAGAAUUGGAUAGAGAAACAAAGAAAAAGAUUAUAGAUUUAACAAAUGAUGACGAUCAUAGUGGAAUAAUAAAGGUAAAGAAAGAAAAGGUAAAAAAGAAAGAUGAUAGAAUAGAACAAUUAGAAAAGAGAUUAUCAAUGUUGUUUGAUUCGUCUCUUGAAGAAAAAGAAGAAAAAGCAAGGAGGAGAUAUGAAAAGGAUGAUAGAUCAAUGCAAAUAAUUCAUAAUCAAACAUUGGCAGAAAAGAGAAUGGACGUAUUGGAAGGUAAGUUUGAUCAAGCAAGAAAAAAAGAUGAACAAAUUGAUUCAUUAUUAGAGAUGCAAGAUCAAUUAAAAGAAAAGUAUCAACAAGAUAUGGAAAGAUUAGAACAAGAGAGAAUAGAAAAAGAAAGAUUACAAGAACAAGAACAAGAGAGAUUAGAUCAACUCGAAUAUGAACCAUUGCAACUCAUUCAAGAUCAAGUGAUAUCAAAUGAAUUAAUUAAAAUGAUUCCAAGAGAUAAUAUAUUAAAUGUAAAUGAUUUGGUAAGUGAUUAUUUAAAUUCAACAAUGUCUUCAUCUAAACUAUCAACCAAUUUAGGUACAGAAUUAAAAGAAAUGCCAAGGAACCAAAGGAUUAGUUUAAUUGAUUUACUUGUAUUGGAAGCUCGUCAAUCAAAGUUUGGUCGAAGUGGUGGUGGAUCAAAUGUUGGUCAAGGUCUUUAUGAUAGCGAAAUUGAAAGAAUAAUGAAACCAUAUCAUAAAAAAGGAUUUGAAGGAGUAAUAGCAAGUGAUCAAGUGGAUACAUUGGCACCAAACAACAAAAUGUCUUUUAUUAUGAAUUUGGAUAAACAUAACAAACCAGGUAGUCAUUGGGUUGCAGUAUAUAUUGAUGCAGAUAAAGAUAAAUCAGUGGAAUAUUAUGAUUCAUUUGGCCAAGAACCAACAGACGACUUUAUGAAACAAUUAAAAAUACUAAUUGAUAGAAUCAAUCCAGAUUAUUAUUUAAAAUUCAAGGUAAAUAAAGUUAUUGAUCAAGCAUCAAAUAGUACAACUUGUGGUUAUCAUUCAAUUAAAUUUUUACUCAAUAGGUAUAAUGGUGUACCAUUUAAAGAAUCAAGUGGUUGGAGUGAUAUAUCUCUAGAAGAAAAGAAAGCAAGAAAGAUGAGAGAUAAUUGGAACAAGUUUGGUUUUAUUUAA